AUGGCUCUCAACUCGCACGACGUCCAGAAAGUGGACUCGUUUAUAAAUCGCGAACCCGAAGUACGCAUUUGCUUGACACCAAUCGCACCUCCCGCGGCCCUGGGAUUAGCUGGUUUCGCAGGCAGUACAUGGAUAACUGCAUCUUGGAUUGCUGGCUGGUGGGGCAAUGAUUCCUCGCCGACGAUUUUCUUUCCCUUUGUGGCUUUUUGGGGUGGCUUGAGUCAGUUCAUUGCUGGGCUGUUCGGGUUUCAUGCUAGGGAUACGUUAGUUAGUGUGAUUAACACCAUUUCUGACUCUUUAAUANNGGCAAUCGCAGCCACCGCCCGUGACGUUAUCCUCGCAACCCUCCUCUUCGCCCUCGCCAUCGGCACAACAAUUGCCUGCUGUCUCUUCGCAUACGGAACCGGUGUAGGCAUCGGCAUCAAGGUGGCCGCAUACUUCUGGAUGCUCUCCGCCUUACUUGCUUGGUGGCGUGUUGCGGUAUAUUUGAUUGAAGAGGCGUAUGGACCCAAGAGUGGGAUUGCCAAGUUCUUCCCUGUGUUCAGAACAUCAACGGAGAAGAGUGCUCCCAUGGUUGUUCCAGGCCUGGGCGAGCCGGGUGUCAAGAGAGGUAUGCCUGGUGUUAUCUAG